CUUGAGUCUUCUCUCUUCAGAGUUUACUGUCCAGUUUCUUUCAUUUUUAAACACUACAAAUCACGAAUAAUAUACCUAAAACUGAUGCCCUGGCUAUACAUCUGCUCCCGCACAGAAUAUGGUAUAGUCGGAUGAGCAACGAUUCGGCAUCUGUCUUUCUCUUUCCCGGUGGCUUCUGACUUUGAUACUAUUGCUUCUCUACUGGCCAAUUAGAUUCCAGGCAACCCACCAUCGCAUAUAGAAAUAGACAUCAGUCAAUGUCUCUAGAAGUCAUUUACGUGACCCGACAUGGGUUCCGUUCCCCAUGGGCUGUUGACCCGUCCACUGGGAACUAUACGGCUUCGAUCCGUUCUCCUACAGGUUUACCAACCGACCCAGCUCUUGCAUCCCACGGCAUUGAGCAGGCAAACGAGCUAGCAGAAUACCUACUAGGGCUUGACCCGCCGAUAGAGCAGGUCUAUUCCAGUCCCUAUUAUAGGUGCAUGCAGACAAUUCAGCCCUUUAUACGCAAACUUAGGCAUCUACAGACCCAAUCGGCUGGGAAUGUCUCAGGAGACCCACACUCCGAGAUUCGUGUAGAUCUCGGCCUUAGUGAAUGGUAUGGCUUAGCACACUUCGACCAUCCCUCGUCUGCGCCCCUGAAUAAAUUACAGAGCCUCUUCCCCGAGCUCGAUGCGAGCUACGCAUCUAGUCCGGCGCCUUCGCGUCGUGGAGAGACUUUGCCACAGUUGCACGAUCGGGUUGCAGAAGCCAUCGAUUUCAUCAUUAGACGUAGCGACCAGGAGGGUCAUAAAGCCGUACUAGUAUGCACUCAUGCAGCGGUGGUUAUCGCGCUAGGACGAGUUCUUACUGGGCAGGCCGAGAAAGACUUCGGGGCAUUUACUUGCGGACUAAGCAAAUACAGGCGGCGGCGGCGUAGCGCCAUCCAAGCAUCUAUAGAGUCUAAAUGUAAGGCAGAAACUGACGCCCUAAUUCCAGCAGCGCAAGUCGACGGAGAGAUCAGGGAAGCAAAGACCGAUCCUGCAAGCAAUGUCGAUCUCCAGCCACACGACUCAAUAUCGCCUGAUCUAGGGUCGCUAGGGAGAGUUUGCUCCGGACUUUACGGAGGCUGGACUUGCGAAUUGGACUCUGAAUGUAGCUUUCUUCGAGGCGGCGAGGAAAGAGGAUGGAAAUUUUCCGGCGACGAAUCAUUCAUCGAGACAGACGACAAUACCGUGUGGCCAUCGACGGCGGCCUCCAAAAUUGAUACGGCCAUCGAGGAGGGCAGAACAGCAAGUAGCGAUUGCCAUAUUAAUCCGGUAGUCGAUCGGUCUAAGCUAUGA